GCUUUUGCUUUCCAUCUUCGUUCUUGUAUCGAUAUUGUCUUCCGUCUGCACUUCUGCCUUGGUUUUGACUGAUUGCCACUGGAUUUCACCACCACAUCUCUUCGACCCCGCCAUCUACAAUCACAGGCUUCAUCUCUCCUCAGAUGUCCUUCUCACCAGACAUAUUCACUCGAGAUACCACUCGACCAGCUCAUUGCACAAAAGACACAUGUCCAGCCUCUUACUCCAUCUACGGCUACGCACCCAAUCUAGGUGCCAAUGCAUUCUUCGUCGCUCUUUUCGCAAUCAGUUGCCUGGUCUUUUGCUACCAAGCUCGUCUCUACCGCACAUGGCUCGGUUUCUCCAUUGCCAUGAUCCUAGGCACUUCUCUUGAGAGUAUCGGCUAUGCAUCUCGUCUAAUACUGUCAAACGAUCCCUUCUCUCCAACAGGCUUCAAACUAAACAUUGUUCUCUUGACCUUUGCCCCGGCUUUUUUGACCGCUGGAAUCUACCUCUUGCUCAAACAACUCACGAUAUCCCUUGCACCCGCACUGUCACCACUGAAACCUUCGCUGUAUACGCCAAUAUUCGUCUCUUGCGACAUCAUCGCCAUCCUCCUCCAAGGAACCGGUGGCGCCAUCUCCGCCGCUGCAGCCAACGGCACAAGCAAAAACCUACUAGAUCUGGGCGUCAAUGUCAUGAUUGCAGGAUUGAGCAGUCAAGUCAUCACAUUAGCCAUUUUCGCCCUCCUAGCAGCGGUUUUCUUCGUCAGAGUUGCUCAAAACGAGGUAAUGCUGUCACCUUCUGCUAACCAUAUAUGGCAAGAUGGAGGGUUUCGAUGCUUUAUGCUAUCUGCAGUGGCAGCUUUCCUAUUCGUCUUUGUUCGUUGUGCGUACAGGAUUGCGGAACUCAAGGAUGGAUGGGGUUCGGCUAUCAUGAGAAGGGAAGACGAAUUCAUCAUUUUGGAUUCUGUCAUGAUUUCUGUGGCUGCAGUCUUGCUUAACAUCUUUCAUCCUGGUAGAUGCUUUGAGACGAGUUUGAAGGAGACUUCGAUGGAUCUUUCGAGGCUUGAGAGGAAAGAGGAGGAUGAAGAGAAUUUGACGGUGUUUGUUCAGUCAAAGGCACAUACUUAGACAAGGUGUGGACGAUAGACCUGAAUGAGAAAGUCACUGUACAGAUCUAUGCUGAGUUGUUCCGUCACAGAAGCAUAACAAGGAAUUGCCGGAUCAAGACAGGUUUCAUCUACAGUACACUGAUUUGGAAAGGGAUACAUCAAGACGGCAUGGUUUUGCCGCGUAUCGGCCC